CAGCCGCAGUUGUAUUCAUUUUGUCGUAUCGCUGUAGUUUCGGUAUCAUUGUACAGUAUCAGUGAAUAGAUAUACAUUUAUUUAAAAAAUAUUCAUAUAUUGUGCACUAAAUCAUUAAUAAUUACGUAUUAACGCGUCUAAUUACACGGAAUUAAUUGAUUUCGUUGCAUUCGUAUUUCACAGAAACGCAAUUAUUUAAAAAAACCAUAUAUCAUCAAAUACUUGUAAUGCAUUAUUAAUACAUAUAGUGCUUAUAUAAAAUUUUAUAUAAUAUUUGUGCACAUUAUUAUUUUUAUAUACUUUUACUUUUACGUGUGACUUAUUAUUAGUUUCUAAAUUAGUACAUUCCUAGAAAAAAGUGCAAAGUAGAAGCAAAAAUUAGAUCAUAUUUAUCGGUGUUUGUUAUAUUAAAUAUAAAUUAUGAAGAUCAAUUAUACGCAAUUGUUUAUAAAAGCACAUUAUUUCUGUUAUGGUGCAAUUGUAGGUUCUAUUUUCCCGUUUUUACCUGUUUACGGUAAACAACUUGGUAUUUCUCCAUUAAUAAUGGGUAGCAUCUUUUCCAUUCUUCCAAUUUUAUACAUGAUCACUAAACCAAUAGUUGGUUUUAUUAUGGAUUAUUUUCACACCAAGAAGAAAUUAAUCUUUAUAACUAUACUCGUCGUUUCAAGUAGUUCCUAUAUUUUGAUAUAUUUUUUACCUUCCGUUUCAUUACCGAAACGAAUGGUUCCAAAUCAUCAUCUUCAAAACAUUUCUUGUGCUUCUUUAUCAUUUUGUAACAUAGACUCUAAUUCCUCAAUAACAUCAUAUGACGAUAAAAACACUACAUGUCACUGGAUAUGUAAGAAUACAAAUUUUUCUGGACUAUCUUUCCACACAGUUGGAAGGGAAGCAAUUAUUUCAUCAAAUAAUACAUAUUUAUUAAAUAUUAACGAAAUGCCAUUAUGUCAAGAAGAAACAGCAGAAAAUUAUAAUUGCAAUGUUACUUGCAAUAGUUUCGAGAAUAAUCAUUAUCUGUAUACAUCUAUUAUUUUCUGGGGAUUCGUCUUUUUAAUGUCUAUUGGCAAUAUUGGUUUUAAUAUUUGUAUGUGUAUUACUGACGCAAUUUGUUUUGAAGUACUAGGUAAAAGUGAAAAAAUGAAAUAUGGUAGACAGCGUGUAUGGGGUGGAAUUGGUUUUGGUUUAGCAGGAUUUUUAACUGGAUAUACAGUGGAUAAGUGGUCUCAAGGGAAAAUCUACAAAAAUUACACACCAGCGUUUAUUCUUGUGAUUGUAUUUACUUGUAUUGAUUUAAUUUGCUGCAAAAAACUGAAGCUACCACCUAUAUCAUCGUCGACAAAUAUAUUUACAGAUGUAUGUGCGCUUUUAAAAUCUAAAUCUGUUGUUAUAUUUCUGGGUUUUGCUGUUAUUGUCGGCUCCCUGGAUGCCUACUCAAUUUUCUUUUUACUGUGGUUUGAAGAAGAUCUUGCUAUGAAGACUGGUUACAUGGGUGAAAUUAAAUUAAUAGAAGGCUUUACAUUAGCCGCGCAAGCUUUUGGUAGUCUAAUAAUAUUCAUACCUUUGUCUGGCAAAAUAUUGAAUAAAUUAGGAUAUGGUUACACUUUUACUUUGUCUCUCGUAUUUUACGCACUUCGGUUAGGUUUAAUAUCUGUAGUACCAAUACCAUGGUGGAUAGUUUUUAUAGAAUUUUUAAUGAUGGGACCAACAUUUGGUCUUUCCUACACAGUAACAGUGACGUACGCAAAUGCAAUAUCACCAUCCGGUAUAUCUGUUUCUGUUCAAGGAAUUAUGUCAGCAUUGAGAGAGGGUUUCGGUUUCGCCAUUGGUAAUUUGAUGGGUGGUAUCUUGUUAAAAAAAUUUGGUGGUGCGUUGACUCUACAAAUAUUUUCAAUAUUUGCAGCAUUCAGUGCGCUAAUGUUUCUUUUACUUUAUAUUACGUACUUAAAGCAUAAAAUACCAGAUACACGGAAUAAUAUUGAAUGGAGAACGCCUGAAGACGCACGAGAACAUUGUGUUGCAGCAGAAUGAUUAAAUGCGUUUUUUUCAUAAUAUUAUGAAUAAUUUUGUUUAAUUACUUAAAUAAAUGUUAUCUAAAAUAAUGUAUCAAUGAAUAUUGUUACGCUCGGGGGCGGUAAAACUCGCGUUUGCGCAUUCGUACGUGUGUUUCCCGCGUUUCCGCACUCGCGUACGCGCACGCGUACCGGAUCGCCGCAGAGAAAUAAAUGGAGCACCAACUAGAAAUGACGAACUCUUUAAUGUAAAAGAAUGUAGCGAAAUACAGAAAGGAGUGAGAACGGGUCGACGGCUCGUCUCCAAAUCUAAUAUGUCGUCUGUUUGACAGACGACAACGCGUCGUCAGGCAAAUAUCCGACAGCUGGAUCAACUCGCUGGUGCAUCGAACGACGCGGGCGUAGACACGGGCGUAAUAACACUAUAUACAACUUUAUUUAAUUUAUGCUAAUAUGAAGUAGCGUUACAUAAGGAAUAUAUAUUGUUAUACAUAUGUUGAUAUUUGUGUCAAAAUAUUUAAUUUUUAUUUACAAACUUUUUUAAUUUCUUGCGAGUAACAACAUUAUUUGUUAUAUAAAGCAAAAAUACAAAUGAUAUUUUGUUAUAUAGUAAAGACAUGCACAUGUAUUACAUUGUAUUUAUAUCACGCUUAAUAAUUAAUGUACCUAUUCGAUGUAUGUAUACAUUAAACAUAUAAUACUUA